GUCCUCCUGUCCUCGUCUCCACAGGUGUUUAUUGUCCUCCUCUCUGCUCCCUCUUGAGUGGCUCCCCUCCCCCCUUCUUCCUCCCCACCCUUUGGCUCCACUUCUUCCGCCAUGUCAUCUCAGGCCACGCCCAUCCAGGGCUCACGACCUGUGACCCCUCCGCUGACCUCUGCAGGAUCGCCGCGCUCUCCGGUCUCACCAGAGUCCCUGCGUCCUCCAGCCUGCAGGCACAGAGACCGCUCACCGUCCCCCAUGAGAGACUACCUCAUCCCCAGUCCUAUGCCCACACGCAGGACCAGGACCUGCUCAGCGACGGCUCGUGCAUCAGAGGGUCCCGUGUUUCGUGGUGUGUGUAAAUAUUUUUCCCGCUCCAAAGGCCAUGGCUUCAUCACGCCAUCCGACGGAGGCAGCGACAUCUUCGUCCACAUCUCAGACAUCGAGGGCGAGUAUGUGCCGGUGGAAGGCGACGAGGUGACCUACAAAAUCUGCUCCAUCCCUCCCAAACACGAGAAGGUCCAGGCGGUGGAGGUGACCAUCACUCAUCUCAAGCCGGGAACCAAACACGAGACCUGGGCGGGACACGUGGUCAGCAGCUGAGCGCUGACACUGGUGGGCGAAGGGCGGGGUCAGCGAGUUUGAGGCGGGCGGGAGGGGAGAUAUCGACCAAACCGGGAGGGAUGGCAGGGUUCAGACGGAGCACUGGGUGAACUGAAAAUGAGGGCUUUUUGACAGCUGGGAUAAUUGAAUGAGACGAGGCUGAUCUCCUAAAGGUUUAAAUCGGGGGAAAUAUUAAUAAUCUCGUAGUUAACUGAUGAUAAAAAGGAGGCGGCUUCAUCUGCUCAUCCUGGGAAAUGAGUCACUGUAUUUUAGGAAAACAUUCAGGUGGGUUGAUUUUCUGAUUCUGGUGGAGGAGAUGUUUGUCGUAGAAAGACUUCUAACUUUAGGUUUCUCACUUAGACUUUUUGUUUUUUGCAUUUGAGUCCGCAUCGUUUUAUUUGAUGCAGUUAUUCCUGGAAAAAAAAAUCUUUGAGGUGCUUGUGGAAGAAUUCGACUUCUGAAAAUGAAGCUGUCGAGGUUGCAGGAGCGAUAACGUGCGGAGUGUCGAUGCAGCUGUGUGGGCGCUCCAUUUACGAUGUGCAGCAGCGCGGGGUUAAUCUCCAGGUAUCCUGCGUGUGCCUCCUUCUAACCUACAGCUCCGUUUGUACCUAAACAAAUCCGUCGUCUGUGUUUGAUCGUGUGUGGGCGGCUACAAGAGUGAAAUAAAGCAUUUUCAACCGGCA